AUGUGCGUGGCGCCAGAAGUUGUUCCGCAGGGGCUGCUCGAGGGCACCGCCGCCAUCGUGCGGGAGGUGAGCGCCGGCGGAACUGACGACGACCGCGAGUGCCUAAGCUACAUCCUGCACGCCGAGGCGGGCUCGAGCGACCGCACCUAUCAAGGCGGGCUGAAGCGCGACUGCGACGAGCGCGGCAGGGUGAUGGCGUGCCGCACCGUGACUGACGGCAACGGCAAAAUGCGUGGGAUGCGGCUGGAGGACUUUGUCUCCCACGCGAGCGCGCGGCACGCGAACCUGACCGAGGCGCACGUGGCGUUCCGCUCGAUCAACAACCCGCUCCGUGACAAGGCGCGAUUCGAGCGCGGCGAGCCGCACCAGCUGCCGGUCACGGUGGCGCUGCUUCGCGACGCCCUCGGCAAGCUGCGGGCGGUGGAGGCGGAUCAGAACUCGGGCAAGACGGCGAUGCGCCGCGUCUAUCUCUACCGCGGCAUGAAAGACGUGACGGCGCCGGCUGAUUUUAUGGCGCAAGGUGGCACCGAGCUGGCGCCCAUGUCGACCACGUCCGACCUCAGCGUGGCGAUGCGCUACUCGGCGAGCAGCACGUCGGUGCUGCUGCGACUUAUUACCGAGUCCUUCAUGCAACGCGGCCCCGACAUCUGCUUCCUCUCCGCCUUUCCCGGCGAGGCGGAGUUCCUCUUCCCGCCGCUGACGUACCUGGAGCCGACGGGCGACGUCGAGACGGUGACGGUCGAGGGGGGGCUCGCGUACGAGGUGAUCGACGUGCGGCCGCGGAUGUGA